AGACAUGAUGCAGAUGGUUCUGGACGAAGCGGACCAGCUGGACCAGCAGGAGCCGGAGCAGCUGCUGGCCAAGCAGCUGGUGCAGCGCAAGCUGAGCGACCUGCAGCUGGUCCGCUGCGUGCAGCAGAUGUCCAGCCACUCAAACUACUUCAUCAACCCGCCCAUCGACAGGCUGACGCUGUUCUACCGCAACCCCGAGUUCGAGCGCCAGUAUCGGCUGCAGCACGCGCGCCGCCACCACGCCGCCGCCAAUGCGCUCUCGCUGCCCAAGUACAACACGCUGGUGGACACGGUGGUGGCGUCGCUGGUGUUCGCGCUGCUGGCCGGCGCGCUGGCGGCCACGCUGCCCGCGGAGGCCGGCUGGUGCGCCACCGCUGCGAUUGGCGCCGCCUGGCUGGCGCUCGUGCAGGCCGUCAUGUGGUUUCGGCUGGCGGCCGGCGUGUCGCGCGACGAGCGCGAGCCGUUCGCGCGCGCCUACUGCUGGCUCACGGGCUGGUACCCGUUCCACGCCAUCGGCGCGUCGCUGCUGGCGCUGCCGGCGGCGCUGGUGUUCGCCGCCUGGCCGUGCGCCGUCUGGCGCGCUGGCGCCGCUGACUGCAGCCGCGCCGUCGAGCAGUACCUGCUCGCGCUGCUCGUCGGCCUGGUGCACUUCUGCAACUUCACUCAGCUCAACUGCUGGCUGAAGAGCGCGUUGGCGUCGGCGGCGGCGUUGGCGGCCGUGCUGCUGGCGGCGCUGGCCGGCUGCGAGUGCGCGACGCUGCCGGUGGCCGACCUGGCGGCCGCCGUGGCCGCCGCCGUCACGCUCGUCUGGAUCCUGAACCGGGAGUUCGAGAUCAGCUACCGACUGGGAUUCUGCGUGAACCUGAUGGCGGCGCGCGACAAGGCCGAGGUGCAGCGGCUGAAGCACCAGGCCGACUCGCUGCUGCACAACAUCAUUCCCGAGCACGUGGCCGAUGUGCUCAAGACCAAGGCGAAGUACUCGGAGAACCACCACGACGUGGCCGUCGUGUUCGCCAGCAUCAUCAACUUCAACGACCUGUACGACGAGACCUACCACGGCGGCAAGGAGUACCUGCGCGUGCUCAACGAGAUCAUCGGCGACAUGGACGACCUCCUUAAGAAGUACCCGAGCGUGGAGAAGAUCAAGACAAUCGGCAGCACGUACAUGGCCGUGUCUGGCCUGAAUCCCAGCCAGCGGCGCCACACUGACCCACCCGACAGACACCUGAUCGAGCUGAUGGAGUUCGCCGUUGACCUGCAGCAGACCGUGGACGCCUUCAACGUGUCGCUGUUCGAGUUCGCGAUGGAGCUGCGCAUCGGCUACAACAUUGGCGACGUCACCUCGGGCGUGAUCGGCACGACCAAGCUGUACUUCGACAUCUGGGGCGACACGGUCAACAUGGCCAGUCGCAUGGACUCCACCGGCGUGCCGGGUCGCAUACAGACCACGCAGCGUUGCGCCCAGCUGCUGGCGCAUCGCUUCCAGUUCGAGCGGCGCGGUGAGGUGUACGUCAAGGGCAAGGACCUCGUGGUGACUUACUUCCUCAAGAGCGACGGGCCUGGCGGCGCCGUCAGCUAGGGCUCGGCCCGUCUGUGAUGUUCGACAUGUCGGCUCGCAGUGUUACGCUUCUCCAUAGGCCGCGCCGGCGCCGGGCGGCGAUGACCCGACCCGUAGCUAGCUAGCGGUGAAUCAUCGGUGGCAACUAUUUACACGGAAAGUUUGCCGGUGAGAGCUUAUUCAUUGCCGCCGGCGGCCGGCACCGCCCCUGUGAUGCAUUCCCCGAAAGCCGCCUGGCGGCAGCACCGUCGCGCUUGUAUUCAGGCUCGCUAAUAAACCAGAUACUGCUC